AUGGAGCGGGUAUGGUGGCUGGCCACUGCGACUGUCAGAGAGCGAGAUGCGCUGGACGCGGUGAGGCAGUCUAUCCUGGACAUAGAGGACGGGGGUACUUUGUUCACGGAGCGUCAGAAGGACCUUACCAAGUGGCAGCAGUCGGACAUGUCCCCCGCCUUCUCGGGUCUUGUGGGCGGUUGCGCCAGCAUCGCCGUGUUCCGCCGGCUCGGCCUGUUCACUAGGGGGCCGAAGAUGAUGAUCAUCCUGCCAGCCAUGCCAUUCUACGUCCUGCCGUAUCAGUUCAGCGCGGUCGCGGAUUUGGUCGAGAUGAUGCGAGAGGAGAAGAACGGAAGAUUUGCGCGACAGUUGCAGAAGACGUUCAGGGCUGCCUCCGCUGUGGCGGAUUCGGCGGUCUUGGACGACAUCGAGGGCGGCAAGCAGCUGGAGAAGAGGGUCGCGCGGGAGUGCUUCAAGAGACGGGCUGGCCCGAAGAUUGCGCCUCAGCAGAGCGGGCCAGCGCAACGGGCCGCGCCGACGAUGGGCCAGUGGGAGGCUGGCGCCGCCUCACGCCUGCACCGAUCCCGCAGCAGCAGGAAUGCGAUGAAGGAGAUUAGCUUCGGGAUCCUCAGGCAGGAGGCCCAGGAGAUGACGAUCCAGAUGUGGGUUUUCUGCAGCACCAAGGGUCUUAACUACCUCUAUCUCGGCCACCUGAGCAAGGGCCGCUGGGGGGCUGCAGGGGCCCGCUCACAGGUCCAGCUCGAUGGCCUACGUGUGAUCGGUGAGACGGUCGAGCGGCGCGUCAGGAGCGCGUUGGACGAGGUCGAGCUGCCCUAUUGGCCGCAGGAGUUGAUGAAGAGCAGGGCCAGCUACAACCUGGAUGAGGACUGCGGGGCUCUGCCGCUGAACUUCAAGGAGAUGGAGCCAGGCUUACCCGAGGCGGAGGAUAUCGGCCGCCUGGGCGUCCUCGAGUAUGUCGGGGCCAACCUGAUGGAGCUAUUGACUAAGCCCGAGCCCCCCUUGCUGCCCGAGGCAGAAUGGCCGUCUACGCCCCCGAGGGCGAAGGGCAACGUCGAGCGCGUCGAGGACCGGUGGUUCAACGCCGCGAGGCUAGAUGAGCGGGGACUGUUGAAGCCCAUCGCUGCUGAUCGGGUUAUCCAUGCUCAGGGCAAGCGCGUGACCAACGGGCUCUUCGCAGUCGCGAAGAAUGGCAGCCCAGGCCCAGGGGCUGCGAGGGUGACAAGGCUAAUAUUCAACACGGUGCCCACCAAUGCCUACCUGCGCCCGCUGGUCGGCGAUUCGGCUACGCUAGUCCCGUCGCCUGCCUGGGUCAGCGCAUCGUCGCAGCCCAACGAGCGUUUGCUCUGGAGCGGGGACGACCAGACGAGUGCUUUCUUCAUGUACAGGAUUCCUGAGCCUUGGCUGGCCUACACGACGGCGUACACCCCGGUCCCUAGUCGCAUCCUGGGGACCAACGCAGGGGAGGUCUGGCUUGCGAUGACGGUGCUGCCCAGGGGCUGGUUGUACAGUGUGCCCAUUUUCCAGAGCAUCCAUCGACGCGUCGCUCUGCCGGAAGAGUCUGCAGGCGCUGAUCUGACGCCCUCCCGUGUGUGGAGGAGGGGCCGCCCUGUUCCUGCGGCGGUGGAGGCCCCCCUCGCGGGCGAUGGUGACCGCGUUUGGUGGAGUACCUAUAUUGGCGACUUCGACACUUGGGAGGUGCUCAACUGGGGGGCCGCGCUACCUUUGGUCGGCACCCCUGUCCGUCUCCAGGAGCUGAUGAGGGAGAGCUACGAGAGGAACGGCACCCCCGUCAACAAGGCAAUCCAGCGACAGGUCUUCGUCACUCGCACGGGCGCGGAGGUCGAUGGAGUUGCGGGCAGGGCGGCGAACAGCCGAGUGAAGAACGCGCGGCUGUAUAGCCUCACCCUGUGGCUCCUGGCACGCAUCAACCCCGUGCGAGCGCUGGAGUUCAGGCGGCCCCUCUUUGGAGUCUUCAAUGCCGUCUGGGAGCUGGUCGCCUCAGGACGCGCCGUGCUGCCGAGGGGCUGCGUUGAUGAGCUGGCGCGCGCUCGCCUGCCACUGCCUUUGGCGACUGCGAACUUGAGGGCGAAUGCCGCCGGCAUCGUCUCAUGCUCGGGUGCCAGCGAGGAGGAGCCGCGCAUGCUGCUGGUGAGCCUGUUCGACGGGAUAGGCGGUGCGACGGUCUCUCUGGCGCGAGCGGGGGAGCCAGACGCGUACUACGAUCGCUGGCCAGGACUGAUCAAGCUGGGCCCCGUGGAAGAGAUCGAGGCGAGGCAGCUCUAG